AUGGACUGCAGAGACGAAUUCGAGGCGUCGAGGCACCGGAACAGUACAGCGGGGAGCAGCGACAAGGACAGCGGCGGCGACAGCGGCAUCAGCAUCAACCCUGUACCAAUCCUGCUCAUCCACCCAGCCAUCUACGCCAUUGACACACCGCUCUUCUACGAAGGCAAUAAAUUUGUUCUGGAUCUCAGACUGAAGCACGGCCUACAUGCAAGGUCAUACUUGGAUGAGCAAGCCGAGGAGGAUGCGCUCGACAGGAGAGAGGUGUUCAACUACGACGACGUGGUCAUUCAUCGGAGGCGAGAGGCACUCGCCCUGGAGGGGUCACUACGAAGGAUACGGUCCCUGGAGAUUAAGAUUUUGAAGCUGAGGGGAUGGAUCGACGCAAGGAUCGUGCCGUUGAUGUGGGACAUGAUUGUCUGCGGCAACCUGGCCGAGCUGACUGUCGAGAUCUACAGCUACCUUUUCUCUCCUUAA